GGAGCCAAUGUUGUGGUGACGGGACGUAACGCCGGGCGAGUGUCAGAAGUGGCCAAACAGUGUCUCGACGUAUCGCCCGAUGGCUUGAAAGCGCUGGAAGUGGUGGCAGACGUGACCAGUGAUGAGGAUCUUCAACGAUUGGUCGACACAACUAUCAUUACUUUUGGUAAAAUAGAUAUUUUGGUCAAUAACGCGGGAACCGAUGAAUCGAUGUCUUUCGUGGACACGGAUUAUAUGCAAAGCUAUCGACGAGUGCUAAACAUGAACUUAAAUUCCGUUGUUUUCUUAACCCAUAUUUGUGUCAAACAUUUGGAGAAAACUAAAGGAAAUAUCAUUAAUAUAUCGAGUAUUAACAGCUUUCAAACGUUAAAUCAAUUUUCAUCAUAUUGUAUGUCAAAGUCAGCGUUGGAUAUGUUUACAAAAUGUAUUGCCGCAGAGUUGGGACCCAAAGGCAUACGUGUGAAUAGUGUUAAUCCAGGUGCCAUAGAAACAGGCAAUCUAUUAGAGAGUACAGACAAUUUGCCCGAUAUUUAUAACAGCGAGUGUUACGCCAAAUUAUACCCUGUGGGCCGGUAUGGAGUGCCCAAUGAUAUCGCUAAUGCUGUACUAUAUUUGGCAUCUAAUUAUAGCUCAUUCAUAACGGGUACGGCGAUUGUGGCCGAUGGCGGGCACCUGGCGGCCAAUGUCAACAUUAAUAAC